UUCAUAAAAAUAAACCUUCUCCGCAUACUGUGAUACUGUUACCAAAACUUAUAGCUUAGAAAACGUCUAAAAAUGCCACUAAAUGCUUCCAACAUUUUAAAUUUUUAACCUGAACUGAAGACUGAUCAUUAGUGGAUCACUGAAGAAAUGUGGCACUGAGCGUCUGACAGAAAAAAUUUCAAUGGCGAAUUUUCCUAAAGUGGAAACAAAAUCAGAGAAAUUAUAAAUAAUUUUUGCUUUCACAUGGCGGGGAAAGAAGGGUCUUGGCGGUCGUAUAAGCUGUUAUUAUCGGUGGUAGAAUCUGCUAUUUUGAAGAAUAGACCUGAAGCAUAUUAUGAUCUUGAUAGCAUAUUGAAAAGAUUUAAGUCGGAGCUGCUAUCACCCCUAAGAAAUCCGGCAAAAAAUGCUGCGCAUCGAGGCCAGGUUCAACAGUCAACAACAGUAGGAAUUAGUGUUAGUGAACAUGCUCAGAAGCAGAAGUUUCCUCCACAGUUUGUUGAGGAGGCGUUAUUGCUCAGCGAUAUCUUGAACAUGAAUGAAUUGGCUGCUGUUGAGCUGUUGUUGGUCAGUGAACAACAGAAAGCUAACUUUCCAGGGUAUACAAGAGGUCUAGUUGCUGUUAUUUUAUAUCAUGACGGUAGACGAUGUUUGUUAUCCGCGCUACGAACCCUAUUGCAAUCUCGUGAUGGGUUAACCUGGACCUUGGAACUUGAUGAAGAGAUGUCUGAGCUUGUUAUGCCAUUCACUAAACAAAUGAUAGAAGAAGGACUAGUUACAAAGCUGCUCAACUUACUCAAAGAACUCACUUUGCAAAACGAGUUGAAAAAACUACAAGACGGUCAGGCGAUCGGGAACGAAAAACACCAAAGACAGCUAGUUAACCUUAUAACUGAACAACGCUUGCUCUUGGCCGAAUCUUUGUUCUGUCUUGCUUGUCAAACGCCACUUUCGAAGGCUGAGACGUUGAAGGUUUUUUCCUAUUUGAAAGGAGUUACUCCGAAUGAAGAGACUGGAGAUAUUGAUCAAGCUGAUCUGUUCGUGUUUUUUGCUCUCUUGUAUUCCCUGAAUGUCAAUAGCCUGGAAACACAGUCAGAAUUACCAAACAAUAAUGUGGAAAAUACCCUUCCAAUUUUGAAAGAUCCAGAGUUCAUCCCACAUUUUCAUCAAGACGCCUCACAACCUGAAGGAUGGGCGUGGCCUCAGCUUGGUGCCGCAGUCCAGUUUGUUUGGGGCCUCACUUUACGAAUGUGCAGUCAGUAUGCUGCUGAUCUUGUGGCUGAAGUUGAAUUCCUUGUAGAAGACGACGCUAUUGUUACCAUGGCAAUAUUGAAUGACGUGUUUGAAUUUCUUAGGAAAACAGUGGUCGGUUCUCGCAACUUUUAUGAGGAGGAGUACUUUGUUCGUCGUCUUCAUCUGUUGAUAACAAACUUUAUUGUCAACAUGCCUUGCCGCCAUGCAGUGAAAGAAUUGCGCACACUGGGUGAUGAGGCUGCUCGGAUUUUACAGGCGUGUGCCCAAGAGGGUCUAGCACCUCCAGUCGAUCAGCGUCAUGAUUUUGAAACCUUCAUUAGAUUGAUUGGUGAUUUGUAUAAAAAGGACCCACUUGGCUUAGAACUUGCCGAGGAUUAUUGGAUAUCAUUGGAUAGUGAGGGAUAUUCUUCAACGUUUGCUGCGGGACACAAUCAAAAAGCUAUUCCAAAGCAGAUACUCUUGUGUAAUUUCAUCCGUGUUGCUGGCGAUCUUCUUCCAGCUUCUCUAUUUGUACCAUAUCUUGACAUGCUGAACGGCCUGGCGAGCAGUAAGCACUCGGCGCACCAUUGUUUCAACUUACUCAAGACAAAUGGUCAAAAUGCAACCGGGACUGCCAAUGCUGUAUCGUGGGAUCAUUUCUUUGACUCACUGAAACGGUAUUACGUUGAUCUUAGGCACGAUAAUGUCGGAAUGCAGUCCGGAAAUUACCAAGCCCAGUUUUCACCAAUGAAUAUCACUGCUGAAGAAGAAGUCGGUCUCGAAGCUGUGCUACGACUGACAGCAACUGUGACACAAAUGGAUGAAGUCGCAAGAAUUGCCAUUUGUGAAAGCCCAGCAUGGUUACCGCUGACAUCAUUGUUUGGUUUGCUUGGUUGUUCGAUUCCUACGUCACUAAAGGGUUGCAUACUUGAGACACUCUCUGCAUUCGCAAAGUCUCCUGAAACUACGGCAUCCAUGUGGCAAUCUUUAGAGACAUCACAGAUACUACAAACUGUUAAGCCCGUUGGACACGCUUUGCAAGAAGGAGGGCUUUUGGCUGAACUUGAGGAGAUUGAAUCACGUGGGGAGGCCUAUCCCGAAACACGCGCAUUUAUAAAACUAUUGGGCAACCUUACCCAGUAUCCAGUACCUGCAAACCUGGGCGCUGGAUACAGAGUGCCUGGGUUUACACCGUAUCUUGAGUUCUUGCGCGAUUCAGUUCUGCUGAAGUUCAAAGCAAGGGCUUACGUAGACCCCAAUGAGAAGUGGCAAGUAGCAAGUGGGGUUUUGCAGAUAUUUGUCCAACUGCUUGAACAGCAUGAACCCAGCUCCGAUAAUAUGUCUGAAGAUUAUGUAGAGAUCAGUGGAAGGGAACGAGUCACGGUCGCCAAGUCUCCUGGGUAUACUCUGAUGGUACAUAUGCUGAAUGAAACAGCAAUGCUGAAAAUGAUUCUGUCGAUAAUCAAUGAAGCUUCCGAGCUGCUUGACAAAGUUACUGCAUUUCAAGGCAAUAAUGAUGACAUUGAAAUGAGCGCCUUACUUUCUCUCAAGAUGGUCGAAAUAACGAUGGAAAAGCAGCGAGAGUUUACGCGUUGUUUACGACAACAAAACUCGUCGGUGUUGGUGUCCUCGUUGGAUCAAUUGCUGCUUGGCGUGAGUGUGCGUUCUCAAGGCUUUGAUAGUAUCACUCAUAUUUCCAGGUACAUAACCCACACUCAUACCUCGCCAGAACUUACUCUAGUCGCUGUCAAGAUUCUCUUUUUGGUUUGUCAAACCCCGACUGUUCAACCAGAAAUCUACAACAGACUUACAACUGAUAAGGAACGAGCGCAGGAGCUACUGGUGGGUUUUGUUGAUCACCUCGAUACCGCUGAACACGAGGAGACUAGUGGAGAUGGAUCGUAUGAAGACAAAGGAUUUGAUGCAGGGUACGCAAGCAACAGCCAAAUCCGAGCAGCCAUUCGCCAGAAUAUUGUUCGAUUUUUGCUGUAUUGUUUGAAGUUACGCUCCCCGAAUCUCUCACAUUAUUUACUUGGAUUUCACGGACGAAAACCGAUACAGGAAUUGACAUUACAAGAUCCUGGUAUUCUUGGUACACCGCGUACAUGCCUGCAUUCCAUACUCGACAUCCUUAACCAAGGCCUGGACACCCCCCGUGGUCCUGGUGUCAUCCAUGACGCCCCCCGUCUCGCCGAGUUGUGCUUCCAACUCAUCUACGCCUUGUGUCAAAAUAAAGAAACUAGUGAGGCCUCGAUACGAUAUUUACGUACUAGCCAUAACUUUUUUUACUCCCAUCUCGUCCAUUUACCUCCAAAGGAACUCAUACACCCCGCCGAAGAUAAUGAACGUGGUAAUACAUCUUAUAAGCUCAACCAACAGUCUUGGCUUCUCAAAAGUAUCGCCACUGAACUGCGACUGACAGCGCAUACGCGCCAGCGAUCACACGUACAGCGUUUGCUCUCGUCCUUACUGAUGGAGCCUUCGAUAUCGUAUGCACAGCGUUCCGAACUCGUGAUAGACCCACUAGAAGACACAGAGCUGUCGCGAAGCACUAUGGGUAGCAGUGGAAGCCGGAAACUUACAAGAAUUCUUGACUCGAUUAAUUUCAAUCACGAGCUUCCAUCCUCCCUACAAAGCGUUCUAAAUUAUUUUGAACCAACAGCCACCGAAGCCGUGAUUACUUCAUGCAGUGAAAACAAUAGUGAUUUACCAUUCGUUUAUACGAAUUUACGUAAGCUACAUAGGCUCCUCAUGACCGAACUAGAGGCGGUGCAAGUACCGGCCACAGAGGUGCAGAGGCAUCUUUUGGUUCAGGAAGUGAAGAGAAUUAUGAAUUAUUCUCUGGAGCGAAAUCGUUUUCGAGAAGAGCUUUAUUCCAAGCAACACGCGUUUGAGUCGUGGCGACAGUUAGUUGAGGUGAUUUUAGCAAGUCGCCCUCCGGAGUUGUUGAAUCGUGAAAUUAAACAGACGAUUAUUUUUGAUCUCAUGCGAUAUCUGUUAAACAAGAUGUCCGAUGAAAAUUCAGCACCUGAAUUAAUCGCCCCAGUCUCUGGGGUUGUGCUAACAUUGAUGGCUCAUUUACGCCAGUCUACCUUGCCUUCUGGAGAGGAUCUGCCGUCACGUGGCACUGUUGCGUCAGCAUGGCGUGACGAUGAUCAAACAGAGGAACUGGAUCUUCCGACCGAACCUUUACAUGCGAUAUUUCAGAGUCUCAUUCAAGCUUUGUUGAAAACAAGCGGGAAUUACCAACGUGUUAGAGCUAACCUAUACGGGAGCCUGCUGUACUAUCUGCAAAUUGGUCAGCGUAAGAAGGACCGGCGUGAAAGUCUUGAUACGGCACUUCAAAGGAAGAACUAUGAAAUUAUCUCAAGUUUUGGCGAAUCCUUCAUGGAGAUAGUUUGCCGUGACUCUUGUGAUGGUCAUGACGUUUCUAGGAUGCUAGCGUGUGCUGUACUCGACUCGAUCGUAGCAAUCGACUGGCGCCAUCGCUGGUUGCAGUUUCUAAAUACAAAGGGCUAUCUACGGCAUCAUAUUGAAAGUCUACUCCAGGAGGAUGAGAACUUACAAAAUGCGUUGCGGCCUAGUCCUGAACCUCUAAAAUCCCUCUAUGUCUACGAAUCAAGAAUGGCUCUAUUGACAAGACUUUCCCAGACACCAGAGGGUGCUAAUGUGUUGCUGAACGCAGGAGUGAUGUCUCGUCUUUCUGAAUGUCGCUUUAUUGAUCUUCGUCCUAAUGGGUCUGCGGGCAACUUCAACACGCACCGUCACUCCAGUUACUCAUCUGAUCACAUGCCUACGAUGACGUCUUCGGGUGAUACAUUUAUUCCCUCGAUUAUGGAACGAUAUCAGCAGUUAUUGAUCCCCGCUCUGCGCAUGUCUCUAUCGCUUCUAACGUCACUUGGUCAAGAACAUCAUGAAGCUUCAAUGCAGAUCUUACAUUUCAUCGUCGCUCAUUCAGAAGUAUUUUCAGACAUCUUACAAGAGCAAACAGACAGAGUAACUGUGUCUUCGUUACAUGAACUGUACCUGGUCAGUGGUAUAAUAUGCAAGUCAGGUAUCACUGAGGACUCUUUCUCGGACGAGGAGACUAGGUUGGACGAUAUAAUGAAGUUCAAAGCACCACUAUCCAGAAUACAAAGGCUCAUGUUGGCACUUCUUCCGAAGUAUAGCGUGCGCGAGAAUUGGGAUAAAAUUGUGCGAGAUGUACUUGAUGUUGGCAUGGAUGAAAGAGAGGCAGCGUUUAAAGCAUUGCAGUAUAAUGUCGUUGCUCUUGAAACUUACCAAACAUUGCAGCAGAUAUAUGGCAACUUGAUUACCUACUGUAAAAAUGUUGUCGUUUCAGGAGUUCCUGGUUCAAACCAUUGUCGAGUUAUCUUCGCUCCAAAUUUGACCGACGUGUAUGCCAGAGACAGUUUGUUCAAUAGACCAGUUUCUGUUGGCCUUAAUGCGACGAGCAGUCGACCAAGUCUUGCUAUUAUUGUCCGUAAUCUCAAGGUAUGCAGUGACAAGGUCUUGGACUGUGUCGAAGCGAGCAAACAAGCAAGCAACAGACUAAACAACAUUGAUGAACUCAAUAUGGACGAAUUGAGAGAGUUUGGACUACAAUAUUCAUCCUUAACCGAGCGAAUGUCAACGCAACAAAAACAACAACUGGCUUUCAAAUGUCUUCGAGAUGUUGUCAAAUAUCGCGAUGAUGAACUCGAUAUGUACUUAUAUAUUAUCGAGAACUCAUUAUUCGUUUUAUGUAAACACCUGGAGUAUUACUAUUUGUACUGUAAUCCCUCUGAUCGCGAGAUGUCCACGUUGCACAGUUCAUUGACAGGGAGGACCAAACCAAGGCGACUUCAAGAUUAUGGUUUGUAUGAUGACGAAUUGUCAAGUGAUCGUGGGCAGUUGCAUAGUAAAUUUCAUACCGGAGUAACAAUAGCUGACAUUGAAAAGCUGAAAACUGAAGCAUCCACUUGUUUGACCGACACCUUUCUAAGAAAACUUCGAGAUAUAGAAAAGGCACACAGCAAAGAGCAUACCCGAGCGGGUUUUGUUGAUGCCUUAACCAGAAAAAUCAAAAGACUUCUCGUACUUCAUGGACCUACGACUAGAUAGAUUCAUUAGAAGUGUUUGUGUUGAAAAUAAGACAACAAAAUACAUGUUAAAUUUGAAUUUCAUGCAUUUAGAAUCAGUUGUUUCCUAUUAGAUUGGAUGUAGUACUAACGAUAGAUGAGAAAAUAUGGUAUUUUUAAGCGCAAUAGAAGUAGAACUGAUCAUA